UCGUUUCAAUUCGUAUAAAAUGUGAAACGAAGAGAGUUAUAUAUAGAGUUAUACAUAUUUUUUAUUUUGACAAAAUGUAUAGGUAUGGAAUGUUAUGGUGAACUUGAUUGUACAACAAUCAUUGAAUCUCUGAAUAAACAGGGUCAACUAUGCAACAGGAAAAACAUAGCCAAGUCAUAUGUUAAAAUUGGAAGAGAUGAACUACGUGACAUCGUAUUAAAAGUCAAUUCAGAAUCGUUUAUUCUCAAAGAUUUUAAAAUUCUACAACGGUUUGCCAAGGAAGGCAAGGCAACUCUCCUAUUUACCAAAUUAAAUAAAAACAUCUUAUUUUCUAAUGCACCUCCAGAAAAAUUAUUGGUAUUUUUAAAACUGCUUAGAAUUAAAACCGGAAUUCAGUCAACUAACGCUACAGAUAGAAUGAGACUAUAUUCUUCAGCUGCAAAAGCCUUUGAAGACAUAAGCCCAUUAACAGUACAUGAUGUAAAGAAAUUUCAGAACCGUACUAAUUUGAAAAGUCCAAUCCAGUCUUUGCCUUUGAAAAGAAAAUCAACUGACAUUACGCCAGUAAGAGUUACCAAACGAGGACUGGAAUGUGUUGAGGGUAAUGCACGGAAGAAACUACACUCUGAGCCUUUACAACUUGUUAAACUUGGACGAAACCCGGGUCAGAUGCAAAAAGAAAUAAUAACUUCCUCGCAACUUGACAGUUCAAUAAUGGUCAAAAAAAGAGUCAACUUAUCUGGAAAGCUAACCGGGGAACAAACUCAAAUAUUAAAAGCCGUCAGGCAGGGGUACAAUGUAUUUUUUACUGGAAGUGCAGGCACUGGAAAGUCAUAUUUGUUGAAAAAAAUUAUUGGUUCUUUACCACCAGAAGGUACAGUAGCAUCAGCAAGCACAGGCGUGGCAGCUUGCCAAAUUGGUGGUGUGACGUUGCAUUCCUUUGCAGGUAUUGGUUCCGGAGAGGCAUCAAUUGAGCAGUGCAUAAAACUUGCAUCCAGGUCAUCAGUCAUUCGCAACUGGAAACGAUGUAGCACAUUGAUCAUAGAUGAAAUAUCAAUGGUGGACUCGUCUUUUUUUGAGAAACUAGAGAAGAUUGCAAGAAUUAUCCGCAAGGAUGAUCGUCCUUUUGGUGGCAUUCAACUGGUUCUGUGUGGUGAUUUCUUGCAACUGCCACCAGUUCAAGAAAAAAGCUUUUGUUUUCAGUCGAAGUGCUGGUCAGCCUGUGUUGAGAUGAAGUUUGAGCUAACAGACGUGAAACGCCAAAGUGAUCAAGAAUUUGUCAAUAUUUUGCAGUAUAUUCGUGUUGGAAAAUGUCCAGAACACAUCUACAAAAAGUUGUUAGAGACACGUCACCACCAAAUUGAGAAAUGUGGAAUCCAACCGACAAGACUGUGUACUCAUAAAGACAGUGUGGAAGAAAUCAACAACAUAAAAAUGACCAAUCUGAAGGGUGAGAAAAGAGUUUUUUAUGCCACCGACAGUGAGACAGCAUACAGCACACAAAUGGACAAGAGUCUACAAGUUCCUUAUAAACUUGAAUUGAAAGAAGGUGCCCAGGUUAUGCUGACGAGAAACUUGAACGUGGCUGUUGGUCUUGUGAAUGGCGCAAGAGGAGUGGUAACUAGGUUCGCAGCCGACAAAGAUGGGAUGCCAUUUGUAAAGUUUUCUGAAGGUUCCGAAUUGCUUAUGAAGAGGGAAAAGUUUCCAUUUAAAACAAAUAGUGGCGUGGUCACACGAUCUCAAAUACCACUAAAGUUAGCUUGGGCUAUCUCAAUUCAUAAAAGCCAGGGCCUAACAUUGGACUGUUGUGAAGUUUCAUUGUCUCGUGUGUUUGAACACGGUCAAGCCUACGUGGCCCUCUCCCGGGCGAAGAGUUUGGACGGACUGCGUGUACUUGACAUCACUCCGAACUGUGUAAAGGCUCAUACUGAGGUGUUAAAGUUUUACAUUCGCCUGAGAAGAGAAAUUCGAAUGAUGUCGGUGGAGGACAAAGAAAACGGCGGUGAUGAAUGAUUGAUGUUUUUUGUAACGUUAAUUCUUGUAAUUUUGGUUUUAUAGUUUUUUUGAAAACACAAGUGAGGGAAAAAAUCCAAGCUUGUUAUUUUGGUGCCUAUACCUAGCCUCAAGUAUAUCUAAUAUUACAAAUUUUUGUUUUUUUUACAUAUGAUGAUAUAUAAACUUAUAUUAAACAUUCCGACAAUAUUUCAUCUAUUUUUAUUUGUUGCAUGACUUUAAAAAGUAUUACAAAGUAUUGCCUUGUAUUGUGCCGCUUACCCUCCUUCUCAGAGAUCCAUGAGACGAGUUAUUGCUACAUUUUCAUCUUGAAGAUGCAUAUGAUAUUUUUAGAAAGCUUUUUAAGAUGUAUUUUUGUUAUUUUUAGGUUGUAUUUAUUUAUAAUAUUUUAAAUAUAUAAUUCUAUGAUAA